CUUUUUUCAACUCCAACAGAAGAACAUUGACAAAACUCUCCGCCACGAUCACGAACUUGGCCUAUUUUCUUUGACAUUUCGCAUUUAAUAUGGCCGGCUCGCAGCUCAAGAGGCUGAAGGCCUCGUUACACGAGCAAGGUCUCAUUGGCCCCCAGAAAUCCAAGAAGCAGCGAAAAUCUCAACCAGAGCGAGCGAAGAAUAACAAGCGACUCGAGAAGCUAGAGGAAAUUAGGGAACAAUUCAACCCAUUCGAUUUGAAACACAAUGUUCGCGGUCCCAAGUUCCAGGUUACCAGCAACCGUCCCGAUAUGGGAAAUGCGUCCAAGAAGAUACAGGGUCGGCCGACCGACGCAAGAGGUGCUGGCGAAGAACAGCGCCGACAAACUCUUCUGGUUGAGAUGCAAAGGAGACAAAAGGUUGGCGGGAUACGCGAUAGACGUUUUGGCGAGAACGAUCCCACCAUGGCGCCCGAAGACAAGAUGUUAGAACGAUUUGCGCGCGAGAAAAUGGCCAACCACAAAAGGUCUGGCAUGUUCGAUCUGGAAGACGACGAAUCCAAUGUCGGCUUCGGUCUUACCCAUAUGGGGAAAUCAUUGUCGUUGGAUGGCCCAUCCUUGGUUGACGACUAUGAUGAAAUGGACGAAGGCUCCGCUGGAGAUUCUGACGACGAAGGACACAAAGCAUAUUUAAAGCGCAAGGCUCUUACAGAGGUUGCAUUCCCUGAUGACGAUGCAGAUGCCGAGGAUGGCCAACCCGAACGAAAGAAGUCAAAACAGGAGGUCAUGAAAGAAGUUAUUGCGAAGUCCAAGUUCUACAAGUAUGAGCGACAAGCAGCUAAAGAUGCCGACGAAGACCUUCGGGAGGAAUUGGACAAGGAGCUGCCGGAUUUACACAUGUUACUUCUCAACAGAGGGAUGGAAAAGAAACCUACCUCUCUUGAGGACCAAGAAGCUGCUACCACCGCUGAAAGGGAGCAACUUGACCGUGCCUACGACUUGCGAGUAAGACAAUUAGCUCAAGACAAAAGAGCACAGCCCACAGAACGGAUGAAGACAGCAGAAGAGCAGGCUGAGGAGGCGUCAGCGAGACUAAAAGAGCUGGAGGAGAAGCGCAUUAGGCGAAUGCAGGGCCAGGCAGAGAGCGACAGCGAGAGCGAGGACGAUGAUGCGGAAGCGGAAGAUGAACCCGUCAAUGGACCCAUCAAAUUUACUGAAAAUGAUGAAGACGAUGGGUUUGGUCUCGGAAAAAUCAAGAUACGGCCGACUGCCCAAGAACUAGGCUUCGACGACGAGGAUGACUUCAUGGUCGAAGACGAUUUGGUGGCCAGUGGAUCUGACGUCUCGGCUGUUGAAGAUGAAGACGACGGAUCCUCGGAUGAAGAUGACGAUUCUGACGACGUUGAUGGAGUUGUGGAGGAUGACGACAAUGAAUUCACCAAGGGUCUAACACUCGAUAGUUCUGCUCAGGCCACGAACAUCGCAGACGACCCAGAAGGACUACCAUCCAUGUUUCCGUGUCCUGAAACGCAGGAAGAGCUCUUGGGCAUCUUGGAAUGCAACAAGAUAACUCUGGAGAAGCUACCAACUAUGGUGCAGAAAAUUCGAGCUGUGUAUCACCCGCGUCUCGACAGUGCCCAUGCGACCAAGAUCGCACAAUUUUCCAGGGUCCUUAUUCAACACCUACCCUACUUAUGCUCAUUCCCCACCCUUCCACCAUUUUCAGUGAUUGAGAGCCUGAUCCGCCACAUUCAUUCUCUGGCGAAAACCUACCCGAUUCAAGUGGCAGAAGAAUUCAUAUGCCAGCUCGAGGACUUCGGAAAAACCCGACCCCUUGCCCCAACUCUAGGCGAUAUUAUUGUAUUGACGGCGGUCGGGACGAUAUUUCCAACGUCUGAUCAUUUCCACCAAGUCGCUACUCCUGCCACGCUUUUGAGCGCGCGCUACCUGGGCCAAAAAGUGCCAUUCAGCAUACAGGAGUACGCGAAAGGGGCUUACCUUGCGAUUCUGAUCUUGCAGUACCAGCGUGUUUCCAAGCGAUAUGUCCCGGAGAUAACGAACUUCUGCCUCUAUACGUUAUACUCCUUGGCACCCAAGCAGCUCAAGACAGGGCUCGGCUGGUUCCCUCUACACAGCCCUCCUACAGAGAUGCGCAUUCGCAGGGCGCGCUCUGUGGAGGUGAGGAAAUUGUCCUGUCUUGACUGUGUUAAAUCGGCCUUCACGGAGAAAGAGGCUCUGUCAGCAAGGGUUGCAGUAUUCCAUUCUAUGAUGGAAAUUCUAGAUGUCGCAGCAGAUACGUGGACUGGAAAGACAUCUUUUCUAGAGACGUUCCAACCCUUCUCCAACAUCCUUGCGCACCUUGCCAUCCCGAGUUGCAGAUCCGAGCUGCCAGAAGCCCUGAACACGCACAUCAUCAAAUCAAAAGCGAAAAUGGAUCGCAUGCUCAAUCUAGCACAACUAGCUCGCAGACCCCUGGAACUACACCACCACAAACCCCUGGCAAUCAGGGCGAACUAUCCCAAGUUUGAAGACUCCUACGAUCCCAACAAGCAUUACGAUCCUGAUCGCGAACGUGCUGAGGCUGCCAAGCUGCGCGCUGAGCACAGGAAGGAGCGCAAGGGCGCAAUGCGCGAGUUGAGGAAGGAUGCCGCCUUUGUGUCGAGGGAAAAGCUGCGGGUCAAGAAGGCGAAGGAUGCGGCCUAUGAGAAGAAGUACAAGAGACUCGUGGCGGAGAUCCAGGGCGAGGAGGGCCGUGAGUCAAACGCAUACGAGAGGGAGAAGGCGCAGAGGAAGCGGGCUUCGAAGAGGUGAGGUGAUUUGUGUAUAUUAAGAGACAGACGAUUGCGUAUAUGAUGGCGGCAUGGCUUGGCCAAAGGUUUGACCUAGGAUAAAGGGCAACCGGGCAAUGGAAAAGGUGAUGCAAAAUGGAUUGUCGAUGGGAUAUGUCUUUAUAGAUAUGUCGGUGUGUAUAACGGGUGACUGAUGUUAUUUCUCAUCUUUACCCAACAUGAGCUCUCAGAUCCUUGGUCCAAAGCAGCCCCUUUGCGUAUG